AUGAAUGUCUUUGGACUCUUUAACGUACCUGCUAAAUGGUAUGUAUGGAUCUUGCUGGUAGUGUUCCAAGUUGUUAUGACAAAUGUUUCUUUACUGGGGCACCUAUGUGGCAUUUUGUCUGGCUUUGCAUAUACUUACGGAUUAUUCAAUUUCCUCAUUCCCGGACCAUCCUUCUAUUCUACAAUUGAGGCCUCCUCGUUGCUUUUAACUUGUGUGAGGCGGCCUAAAUUUAUUUUGUGCACUGGUGGGAAUCCUUCAGCCUUCAUCCCUACAUAUUCAAGCCAAGGUACAGCAUCUAGUGGAUUCUCUGCCGGAAGUAUCUGGAGAAACUUGUCUUCAUGGAUUCCACAGAGGGAAACAUCUGCACAGUCAGCACAAGAUGGUCACAUGUUUCCUGGGAGGGGAAGAACACUUGGAUCUGGUCGAAAUACUGCUUCUGAUGCUAAUUCAGAAUCAAACUUACAUGUUAGACUUUUGGAUAAUAGCAACUCAGAACAUCCAUCAGACAUGGCAGUUAUUGGUACAGGACAGCAGUUAUCUGAUGGAAGGCGGUCAACCCUAAAUAAUACAUCAGUCGCCGCAGCAGAAGUUCCUGUGCACCAUCAGGAUUAUGUUAUUUCUGAAGAAGAAAUCCAGAAGCUUGUAUCAAUGGGCUUUGAAAGGACACAGGUAGAAGUUGCUCUUGCAGCUGCAGAUGGGGAUCUUAAUGUGGCAGUGGAAAUUCUGAGCCAACAGGGCUAAUCCAAGCAAGCGAGCUAACUAUUUGACUUCUCAAAAUGGACCUCGGUCGACCCGGUUUGAUGGGCCCGGUUCAUUUUCACGUUUAUGUAAAGUUCCAUGUUCAUUUUCACGUUUAUGUAAAGUUCCAUAUCUGUAUACUCUGUAUUGUUUGAGAGCAUGCUGAGAUUAUUUGGUCUGGGGGAAGGAAGAUUCUUAAUGGGAUAUCACUACACACACUAACAUCUGUUUAAAUGAAGGCACAGAAGUAGUUAUAACAUUUGACAGCAAUGGAAAAACUAGAGUUGUAAUAUAAAACAUCCACACCUUUAGCUUUGCA